AAUUUGGUCUCCAGUUUAGAAAUAUUUCCUAAAUUGACUUUUUAACAUUGGACAAAGGCAGAAUGCCAAAGUACAAGCUGACAUAUUUUGAUCUAAGAGGACGAGCAGAGCCCACCAGGCUUUUGUUUACCGUAGCGGGUGUCUCAUUUGAAGAUGAAAGGAUCAGAAAGGAACAAUGGACAGCCAUUAAAGACAAAACACCCGGAAAUUCCUUGCCUGUACUGUCUGUUGACGGCUUUCUCAUUUCACAAAGUAUGGCAAUAAACAGACAUCUGGCACGAACGUUUGGUCUGGACGGAGAAACAUUGUCUCAGAAAGUAAAAGUUGAUGAAAUAGUAGAAUGUCUGGUAGAGAUGAAAAAUAAAAUGGCCGAACUACCGAUGCUGAGUGAAGAUCCAAGGAAACAGGAAUGGGCAAGGCAAAUUUUGAAAUCCUUCCAAGAGUUAAUGGUAAAAGCAUGUACCUUCAUUGAAGCACAGAUACAAAAGAACAUGAAAGAGGGAAAAGGAUUUGCUGUUGGAAAUCGGUUGACUUUUGCCGACAUCAUGAUCUUUGAAGCAUUUGAAAACAUUUUAGCAACAAACAGCAAUGCGCUGGACAAAUGUUUGGGAAUUAUGAAAUGCCGUGCGAAAGUGGCCAACAUGCCCCGUAUUAAGGAAUACUUAUCGAAACGACAACAUACUAACUUUUGAAAAACUUGGUUUUGUUAAAAUG